AUGGGAUACAAGUCAGGAAAACUGUUCGAGGUGCCUAUCGCCAACGCCGGCAAGGUCGUCGUCACGCGACUGGCCGAGCGAGUCUACAUGAUCAUGUGGAACUCUGCACCAGAUAACCGACUCACUACUUCAUUCUGCAAUGCUGUACAUACUGCACUGGACAUCCUGGCGCUCAAGUAUCCUCACGGCGUUGUGAUUACAACCUCUGGGAUCAGCAAGUUCUAUAGCAAUGGACUGGAUCUUGAGCACGCGAAUUCCAACCCGGGAUUUACCAAGAAUUCGCUAUUUGCGCUCUGGAAGAGGUUGUUGACCUACCCAAUGCCAACCAUCGCCCUGAUCAACGGCCACGGCUUCGCCGGCGCCCUAAUGACGGCAAUGAUGCACGACUACCGCAUCAUGAACCCCCACCGCGGCUACAUCUGCCUCAACGAAGUCGAACUCGGCGUACCCCUCAAAGCAGCCAUGUCCUCAAUCUUCCGCCAAAAGACGUCGCCCCAGACCUAUCGCACCUUGGUGUUGGAAGGUAAACGCUACAAAGCUUUGGAGGCGCUGGAGGCGGGCGUUAUUGAUGGAGUGGGUGGUUUGGAUGAGGUGGUGGCGUUUGUGGAGGAGUUCAAGUUGGUGAGUAAGACUGAUAAGGGAGUUUAUGGUAAAUUGAAGAGUGAGAUGUGGAGGGAGACUGUGGCAUUCUUGGACGCGCCUGAUGAGGAAGGAGAGUACAAGGAGAGGGUCAAGAGGCAGGAUGAGGAGUUGGAGAGAAAGGCGAGGCAAAGAGUCAAGGAUUGGGAGACUGCUAAAGCCAAGCUCUAA